GUGAGUCAUAUGACUGGUGCAACUUUCAAACAGGAAGCUUCAGCACGGCUGAGAGAGGAGGGCUACACUGAUUACUCGUCCAAGACGAGCACUUUGAGGACAUUUUUUGCGAAAGGCGAGAAUGGUGGUUUGGAGCUGCGCGCCAUGGACGGUGGGAGAAAAGUGGAGGACGAGCGCAGUCUGAUCAGGGCUCCACACAUCAACACCCGGGCUAACGCUGCUACCGCCGCUGAGGGGGACUCGAGCACGGCGUCUGGCCACGAUGGCUCUCCCAAGUUCGUCUAUGUCCUGGCCUUCUUCUCCGCGCUGGGAGGCUUUCUUUUCGGCUACGACACCGGGGUGGUGUCUGGGGCCAUGCUGCUCCUCAAGAAGGAGCUGAACCUGAGCGCACUGUGGCAGGAGCUGCUGGUGUCCAGCACGGUGGGGGCCGCGGCGCUGGCGGCGGUGGCGGGCGGCUUCCUGAACGGAGCGCUGGGGCGCAGGCUAUGCAUCCUCCUAGCCAGCUUCAUCUUCUCAGCCGGGGGGGUCAUUUUAAGCGUAGCCCCCAAUAAAGAGGUGCUUCUUUGCGGAAGGCUUAUCGUUGGUCUUGGGAUAGGUGUAGCUUCCAUGACGGUGCCAGUCUACAUUGCUGAAGUCUCUCCUCCUCACCUCAGGGGUCAGCUGGUCACCAUAAACACCCUUUUUAUCACCGGUGGUCAGUUCAUAGCCAGUGUGGUGGACGGGGCAUUUAGUUACUUGAACCAUGGCGGAUGGAGGUAUAUGCUGGGUCUGUCAGCAGUCCCUGCUGUGCUGCAGUUUGUGGGCUUCCUCUUUCUGCCUGAGAGUCCUCGCUGGCUCUUGCAGAAGGGUCGAUCUGAGCAGGCUCACCAGGUGCUCACACAUAUCAGGGCCACUGAGAAUGUGAAUGAAGAGUAUGACAGCAUCAAAAGCAUCAUCGAGGAAGAGGAAAAGGAAUCUGGAGGGGGGCCAGUUCUAUGGCGUAUCCUAACCUGCGCUCCUGCCCGGAGAGCUCUCAUUGUGGGUUGCGGCCUUCAGAUGUUCCAGCAGCUUUCAGGGAUUAACACCGUAAUGUACUAUAGUGCCACCAUUCUGCAGAUGGCGGGAGUGCGGGAUGAUAAAAUGGCCAUUUGGCUGGCUGCUGCCACAGCAUUUACCAACUUCCUGUUCACACUGGUGGGGGUGUGGUUGGUGGAGCGGGUAGGCCGUAGAAAGCUGACCUUGGGCAGUAUUAUUGGCACUGGUGUCAGUCUGUCUGUCCUGGCUGUGGGAUUCCUGCUCUCUGCUCAGGCCUCUCCACCAGUGACCUUUCACCCUAGUGACCCCAGCUCCCUCAACUCAACCUGCACACACUAUGGGUUUUGUGAAUACUGCAUGCUGGAUCCAAACUGUGGCUUCUGUUACCGUGAGAAUGGCUCAACCAUACUGAGCUCCUCCUGUGAUCCCGUUGAUCCAGCCAACACAGAAGAAGCUGCAAGUGGCAGGUGCUCCAAUGCUACCCAAGGAAGCACAGGUGCAUUCUGGGCCUAUAACUACUGCCCAACCCCGUACUCCUGGAUUGUAUUGCUGGGUCUCAUCCUUUACCUGGCCUUCUUUGCUCCAGGGAUGGGCCCAAUGCCAUGGACGGUGAACUCUGAGAUUUACCCGCUGUGGGCUCGGAGCACUGGUAAUGCCUGCUCUGCUGGCAUCAACUGGAUCUGCAACGUCCUCGUAUCUCUGACAUUCCUCCACGUGGCUGAAUUGCUCACAUACUAUGGUGCAUUCUUUCUGUACUCAGGCCUGGCUCUGCUGGGCUUCUUUUUCGUGCUGGGCUGUCUGCCAGAGACCAAGGGCCUCAUGCUGGAGGACAUAGAGACUUUGUUUAGCAGGAGGCUCUGCACCUGUGGUGCCUUCGGUGGCCAAAACGUGCAUUACGUCAGGCCUCAUUUGGAUUUGGGAAAGUUGCAUUAUGGGACACUGGAACCCGAGGAAGGAAUUGCUUACAUAUCUGUAAGUAUUCUGAAUCAUUAUUAGUGUUUUUAUUAUGUGCACUGUUGCACAAAAACCGAGUGUUUUUUACCAAAAAAAAAAAAUAAUAUCUAAAACAAUGUUUAAAAACUAUAUAUUUAAAAGUAUUUUCUCCCUUAUGUUUUCUACCACUGCAGCUGCAAUAAUGGUGCAGUUAUACCUGGACUAGAAGGUUCAAUAAAAGGGGAGCAUGCUCAAGGACACAGCACUUUUAAACAGCACUUUUAAAGUCGAACAUACUAAAGCCUGUUUUCAUUAAAAUUAAUAUGGUUAUAAAAUACAAUUUUCUACUACUUGGUUUUUGAUGAGAUUUCCUUGUCUUUUAGUCAUAUAUACAAAUGAAAGUUUUCUCUGUUUGAAAACAGUGACUGUGUCUCUGCAUUUAACAGAGGACAGACUUAAGAUUGUUUGAGUAACAUGUGAUCUACUCCGGUGUCAAUGAGUCUGACAAUCAAAUAUCUGUCAUAAUGGGAUUUGGUUAUUCUACAUCCUGCUAUUUGAUAAUUCAGAGAAUGAUGCAUAUUUAGGUGUGUUGGGAAUGUGUGACAUCUGUUCAGUAACAAAUACACUUUUUUACUCCUUGUUUUAUAAAAUGUUUCUUACAUUGUUGCACUGUUUCACUGUUACUCUUGUACUUUCGGAGAUACAAAUCAUGAAUAUAUAAAAUGUAUUUGUUUAAUGUUAUAUAAAAUAAAAUUUUGAUGAAUUUAA